AAAAUGCUGGAGACAAAAUGUUGAUAGCGACAGCCGUCGCGCGACUGUCUUGCCAAACGUGUCCAAUAUAAUUGAUCACCACUGUUGGCAAAGUUUCAUUCGUCUCGCCAGUCUCCAUCGAAAAGGUUCGAGCGAGUUCGUCUUUGGCAGGUCACAUACUGUUCUAAGCUCAACAUGAGGGAAUGUAUCUCCAUCCACGUCGGCCAGGCCGGAUGUCAGAUGGGCAAUGCAUGCUGGGAGUUGUAUUGUCUGGAGCACGGCAUCCAGCCUGAUGGUCAGAUGCCCUCAGACAAGACCCUCGGGGGUGGGGACGACUCUUUCAACACCUUCUUCAGCGAGACUGGAGCAGGGAAACACGUCCCCAGGGCCGUCUUCGUCGACCUUGAACCUACAGUUGUCGAUGAGGUCCGUACCGGCACCUACCGCCAGCUGUUCCACCCCGAGCAACUGAUCACCGGCAAGGAGGACGCCGCCAACAACUACGCCCGUGGUCACUACACAGUUGGCAAGGAGCUCAUUGACCUUGUCCUUGACCGAAUCAGGAAACUAGCUGACCAGUGCACUGGACUCCAGGGCUUUCUCAUUUUCCACAGCUUCGGUGGUGGCACUGGCUCCGGCUUCACUUCACUGCUUCUUGAGCGUCUUAGCGUCGAUUACGGCAAGAAAUCCAAGCUAGAGUUUGCUAUCUAUCCAGCUCCUCAGGUUUCUACUGCUGUCGUGGAGCCCUACAACUCCAUCCUGACCACCCACACCACCCUGGAGCACUCUGAUGUCGCCUUCAUGGUCGACAACGAGGCUAUUUACGAUAUCUGCAGACGUAACCUUGACAUUGAGCGUCCAACGUACACCAACCUAAACCGUCUGAUUGGUCAAAUCGUCAGCUCCAUCACUGCCUCUCUCCGAUUUGACGGUGCCCUGAACGUUGAUCUGACCGAGUUUCAGACCAACUUGGUGCCCUACCCACGUAUCCACUUCCCUCUGGCUACCUAUGCACCAGUUAUCUCCGCCGAGAAAGCCUACCACGAACAACUCUCUGUCGCGGAAAUUACCAACGCUUGUUUCGAGCCCGCCAACCAGAUGGUGAAAUGCGACCCCCGACACGGUAAAUACAUGGCCUGUUGUCUGCUGUACCGUGGUGAUGUCGUACCAAAAGAUAUCAAUGCUGCCAUCGCCACAAUCAAGACCAAGAGAACCAUCCAGUUCGUCGACUGGUGUCCCACUGGUUUCAAGAUCGGCAUCAACUACCAACCACCAACUGUUGUCCCCGGUGGUGACCUGGCCAAGGUCCAGAGAGCCGCCUGCAUGUUGGCAAAUACAACAGCCAUCGCCGAGGCCUGGGCUCGCCUUGACCACAAGUUCGACCUGAUGUACGCCAAGCGUGCCUUCGUCCACUGGUACGUGGGUGAGGGUAUGGAGGAGGGAGAGUUCUCCGAGGCCCGUGAAGACUUGGCAGCCCUGGAGAAGGACUACGAGGAGGUCGGUAUUGAUUCCGUGCAGGAUGAACAGGAAGAAGGAGAGGAAUACUAGACACGGACACCUUGGUCAUUACAGCCACAGCGUUUUCCUUCCUUAUUAACUAUAUGGAUAUUCUUUGAAAAAAUAACAUCCGUCCAGGCAUAUGUGAUCUCUAGCUUUACUUAUCAGCUUCUCUUAUAUGCAAUCCAAUCGCGUUCUUUGCUUAUCCAUCCUCGAUGUUGUAUUUUUAUCAAUUAGUGAGUGAGUUAGGCUUAACGCCGUUUUGAGCAGUAUUCCAGUUAUAUCACGGCGUGUCAGUUUAAUGUUUGAGGAAAGCCUUUCUCUCAUAGAUCUAUACUCGGUUUUCCAUAUCCAGUCGAAUUUACGCGCAAAUCUGUCUUUCUUGUGUAAAUAUGGUCUCUCGGGACCAUUGUUACUUAAUGGAUACCAGUGUUGAUAUACUGUAUAGAAAUGAAUAAAGUAUCACUAUCAUCUA